AGAAAAGGUAUCUAUCUAUAGCAGAGAUCAUAUGAUCUAUGACACAUAUUUACAGCUAAAAGAGAAUUUAAAGGCUAUUGAGUUCACCCCCUCCCGCCAUUUUACAAGUUCAGAAAAUUGAAUUUCAGACAAUUAAGAGACUUGCAUAAGAUCACACAGAGUUGGAGAAAGAGAAUUGUCUGAAUGAGUAAGAAGUCCAAAUUAUAGAAUAUUGCUUCACAAUAUAUAGCAGCUUUUAAAAUGAUGUUUAAGAGAAGUCCUCUGGGGAUACGGUUUUAAAAAAUAUUUAUGAGAAGACUAGAAGCCGGGGGUGGAAGCUGCAGAGGGGAAUUUUGGCUGCUAAGUUCAAACCAAUGCAGGCAUGAAUAUUAAGGGUUUGGGGGGCUGGGUGCAGCAGACAAAAAGGAAAGAAGAACCAGUCCCUGCCCUUGAUGGGCUUACAGUCUGUCAGUUGCAUAAGUAAAUGCAAAAUGGAGGGAACCCUUUGGAUCUGUCCAGAAGUGAAUCUGGGCUGCCUCUGGGGAUGGCGGGCUUACUGUACACAGAAGGCUGAGGAACCCCGGGUCAGGGAAGAUGUUGAAGGGAUUUCCAUUUUGGUGUAAUUGGAAUCAGAUGACGUUUCGUCUAACUCUGAGUCUGUUUGGUACCAUGUGUGUAAUUAGGAUAUACAGUCAUCUUACUUCUUGUUGCUGUUCAGUCAUUUCAGUCAUGUCUGAUUCUUCACAACCCCACGUGGGGUUUUCUUGGCAGAGGUCCUGGAGGACAUUUCGUUCUCCAGAUUGUUAUACAGAUGGGGAAACUGAGGCAGACAGGGUGACGUGCCUUGCCCAGGGUCAGCCAGCUAAGAAGGAACCGAAGCUGGAUUUGAGCUCACCAAAAGUAUUCUUCCUGACUUCAGGCCUGGCACUGUAGGCACUGCAGCCGGAGUGACCCAAAUUCGAGCCUGCUCUAGGUGCCUUUGGUCCCAGAGCCCAAGGCCUUUAGUCCAGAUUCUGCCUCCAGACUUACCUCAAAUGAGCAGCCGGUUAACACCCAUGGGCCUCGGUUUUUUCAUCAAUGUAUCAGUUUACAAAAGCGUCUCACGGAAAGCUGCUGCGUCCUUAUUCUUAUUUUCUUAGGCAGAAAUAGGAGAAGUUAAGAGAGCUGCUUUGCUACGCCAGUGGCAGUCCAGUUGGACCAGCGUUGCUAUGGGGCUCAGAGCAGCCAUAGUAUGAGAGCUCGCUUAAAUGGAAACAGCCUUGGUUUAGUAAAAGGCGUCUGGAAGCCAGGAGACGCAAGGUCCUAGCCCGCCUUUGUCACUGCCAGCCGGGGGACUUUGGGCAACCCGAGGGUCUCUCUUGUCUCAGUUUCCCUUCCUUUGGACCCGAACAUGAGUCUGUCUCUGGCAGUGAUUUGGAGGGAAUGGGUCAGGCUGCAGGUUUAGGGAAAAUUAAUGAGCGAGUCAGGCGAGCAGUAGGAAACUCAUCUGCUCCACAUAUUUUGGCUACGGGGUCACUCAGUUCCCAGGCCUUUCCCCAAAGUAGAAGCAAGUUUACAAACACAUGGGAGGGAAUGGGGAAAGUUUCAAGAAAAAUGAUUUUAACCCUUGAGGGAUGGCAAAGUCCAGUGAAGAGAGCAGGACUUGAUCCACAGACAUCUAGUCCAAUGCCUCAUUUCCUGAGGCCACGUAGAGGGAUUUGCCCCAAAUGGCAGGUCCCCCAACUGCAAAGCCAGCGCUCAUCUGCCGGGGCCCCACCAUUUAUUGAUCUGUGUGACCCUGGAGAGAAUCAGUUAGCCUGGAAGAGGCUCAGGUCAUCAUCCAUCAAAUGAGAAGGUUGCAGCCAGACAGAGGAUUUAGAGCUGGGAGGAAUGCCCUGCUUGAGCUCCGGGACCUCGGGAGGGCUGCAUCUUGCCCAAAUUUACCCAGCAAUUGGAAGGACCCUGAUCCCCCGCUACUUCAGCACUGUCUUUGAAGGAGGUGUGACGGACCUGUAUUAUAUUCUUAAGCAUUCUAAGGAGUCGUACCACAACUCGUCCAUCACGGUGGACUGUGAUCAGUGCACUAUGGUCACCCAGCACGGGAAGCCCAUGUUUACCAAGGUAUGCACCGAGGGGCGCCUGAUUUUGGAGUUUACUUUUGAUGAUCUCAUGAGGAUAAAAACGUGGCACUUCACCAUUAGGCAAUACAGAGAAUUAGUCCCAAGGAGCAUCCUAGCCAUGCAUGCACAAGACCCUCAGGUGUUGGAGCAGCUGUCCAAAAACAUCACCCGAAUGGGGCUGACUAACUUCACCCUCAACUACCUCAGGUUGUGUGUAAUACUGGAACCAAUGCAAGAACUGAUGUCGAGACACAAAACUUACAAUCUCAGCCCCCGGGACUGUCUGAAGACCUGCUUGUUCCAGAAGUGGCAGCGCAUGGUGGCCCCGCCAGCAGAACCCACAAGGCAGCCAACCACCAAACGGAGAAAAAGGAAAAACUCCACGAGUAGCACUUCCAACAGUAGCGCUGGGAACAAUGCCAACAGCACCAGCAGCAAGAAAAAAACGCCUGCUGCCAACCUGAGCUUGUCAAGUCAGGUACCUGACGUGAUGGUGGUAGGAGAGCCGACUCUGAUGGGAGGAGAGUUUGGGGACGAAGACGAGAGGCUCAUCACCAGGUUGGAAAACACCCAGUACGACGCGGCCAACGGCAUGGAUGACGAGGAAGACUUCAACAAUUCCCCGGCCCUGGGGAACAACAGCCCGUGGAGCAGCAAGCCCCCGGCCGCCCCAGAGCCCAAAUCGGAAAACCCGACCCCGCAGGCUUCUCAGUAGGCUCCCCUGCCCCUCAUCCAGGCUACGUGCGCCGGUAGCUUUCCGAGCAUCCACUUAUCAGACCGGGCGGGGAGGGGGCGGGGGACCUUCCACACAGAUAUCUAUUUCUCAGCUGCAGCUCUCUGGUUUUGGGGUUUGUUUUUUAAUUGAGAGGAUCGAUUCUGAACUUGCUUCCAUUGUCCAUUUCUUGGAGGCCGUCACCCAUGACGCGGAUACUGGCACUGACCUCGAUUGGAAUAAUUGAAAGUGAUCUAGCGCCUCCUGGCAAAUCUUUAACAGUGUUUUUCGUUGAAUUUUUUCUCAUAUCAGAUGAAGGCCAUAUUGUCAAGAAGUCCUCAGUGCUCAGGAGCUCAUUAAUUAUGCUCAACGUAAUGACGGAUGACUUUUUAAUAUUGUAAAAUAUUUUCUGCUUUUUUGACUUGCACCUGAAAGUUUCUUGUUUCAGAAAGAAAGGAAAAAAAAAAUCAGCUUUUGGGAAGUAACUGAAAUGUAACUUUCGUUCUUUUGUUACGUCUUCUCUCGUUGGUUUACCCUUGAAAGGAUCCAGCAGUUUUAAUUUCGGUCAUCGCUCAUGCUAAUCGCUAGGCCUUUAGUCAUUUAUACGAGUACUGAAACAAGAAAUGUCUUUUUUUUUUUUCAUCAAAGACAUGAGAAAUAUUUUUAUGUGGAGAAAGACACCCAGUCCUAUGAGAGUUUAUGCUUUGUAAAAUUGCUGUUGAUCCAAAUAUUUUCAAGCCAUGUAAUCCAUUGAUUUUGUGGGCCGUUUAAUAAAAUUGGAAACUUUGGUGUUUUUAUUGUAUCUGAGUUGGCUUUAUUUCCUUUCAUAGUAUAUUUCUUGUAUAAUAUUUUUGUAAAGCCCUCAAGAGUUUGGGGUUCUUUUUUUUUGGGUCUUUUUCUUUUGGGGAUCCCAGUGUAUUUAUGUGAAACUUUAUAAGAGAACUAAUUUUUUCAUUUACAUAUUAAUAUGUUCAGCUACACAUGUAAAGACACAGUGAUUCAGUGUGUUAUAAUACAAUGGUAUUUUAUGUAUGCUUUGCCAAUAAGUGUGCCAAUAAUAAACUGUGUUAACAAUAAAAAGAAAUGUGCUUUGACCUUUU